CAACUAUCUUCAGCUUCCAACACUCUCACACGCUUCAAAAUGAAAUUCACUAUUAUUUUGGCUUGCCUGUUGGUCCUGAUUGUUGCGACUGAGGUAAAAUCAGAAUCGCAAAAAGGCGUGCAACUCUCACCUGAUCAAGACGUCGCUGAAUUUCAUCGCGGAGGCUUUUAUGGCGGAUAUCGGGGCUACUGGCGCGGACGUCGCUCAGCUGAACGAAAACCACAAAACGGAGUCAAAGAUGAUGCUGACGUCGAUCGGGAGGUAAAGGAUGAAGUUGAAGUCGAUCAGGAGGCAAAGGAUGAAUUCGAAAUCGACCGAGAAACAAAAGAUGAAGUUGGAGCCGAUCAGGAGGCAAAGGAUGAGGUUGGAAUCGAUCAGGACGCAAAGGAUGAAGUUGGAAUUGACCAGGAAGCAAAUGAUGAAGUUGAAGUCGACGAAGAGGUGAACGAAUAUCACCGUGGCCGUCGCUCAGCUGAAGAGCUCAAAAACCUACGUGUUGAUGCUGAAAUCGCUGCUGAUCAGGAAGCCAACGAGUUUCGUCGUGCCUACUAUGGCGGAUAUCACGGACAUUGGCGCGGUCGCCGAUCCGCUGAGGAAAUGAACGCGGCCAUGAACGUUCCAGUUUAUUCUGAUCAGGAUGCAAGCGAAUGGUACGCUCGCCGCUAUUACGAACGUCCCUAUACUUAUCGAGGCUAUUAGGUGGAUGCCACACUGGUAAAACUUUCGUUAUUCGUAGAAAUCCCUACGCUUGUUGAUUGUUCUAAUUAGACGUGGCAUGUAGAAACUGACACAUCAGGCCCUAAAUUUGACUUUGCAAAACGCUCUUACAACUACUUCAUUUUCGAAUAAACAUUUGAAUAAACGCUCCAUUUUGUUCUA